CUCGGUCGCCCUGUGGACUUUGGCUGUUGAGCAGCUCGCUCCUUUUACAGUAGAUGUUUUUGACCGGCCCCCAAUAGCUUUGUGACAUUAGGCCCUAAUCAUUAGGCCUGGUCAAAGGCUCGGUUGUCCAAGACUGCAAUCUUGGAUGGGGUCGCUGUCAUGGUGGUCAAGGACCUUGUCCAGGAUGUACUGGUAGUGCCCAAGUACCAAAGAACAUUGGCCAGGAGGGCCACAAACAAGGUGAACAAAGUCAAAAAACAUAAAGUUGUGUUGGCCAAAUGUGUCAGAAGGUGGUUCUGGAUGUUGAGUGGGGUACCGCAGCCGCGAUGGUAGCUGGUAGCUGGAGAAACCAUCAUGGUGGCCUGUGACGCUUUCGGAAUCGCAUACAUCAUUUGUAAAUCAUUUGUCUCCUUUUUCCUUGUUCAAGGGCCUGCUGUGGUGUGGCUAUGAAGUGGUUGGGCCAGAAGUCCUCAUCCUCGAAGUGGGCUUCUUCAAAGCCCUCCCAAACAGGUAGUGCAUUAUGGCUGCUUCAUGUUGCUUCAACUUUGGCCUCCUGUAGUAGGGUUCGGCCACAUUGUGAUUGUACAAGCUGCUUUUGUUAUGUUUUUGGGUCAAGCAGCUGCCGCUUGGACGGAGCCAGAAACAUUUGGUCACCUGGGUGUGCAGCUUGAUGUUGCGCUAUGUUGCGCUUCCAAAUUCUCGUCGAGGAUGUCAUGACUUUUUUAAGCCAUCCUUGUCUUGGCUGGCUCCUUCAGCGAUUGGCUCGAUUUGCUUCCAAACCACUUCGGUCAAGGUGGCGAUGAUGUUGAUCACACCUGUGUGAGUCUUCUCUGACGAGCCAUCUUGGCACUCGGCUGUGUUUAGUGGCGCUGCUGCCACUUGUAGAGGAUGCCAUCGGUAGAGUUUGGAGCUCAAGCCCUAAAUCUGCAAAGUCCAAGUACAAAACGAAACUCCCGGUCUUGCCGCGACACCCUUUGGCUGGGAAAACGGGGUUUGUGCCGAAAAGGUGGCACAUGGUGGCACGCACGAUGAGAUGGUCAUGCCAAUGAAUCUGCGGAAGCGCUUUGUGUUCCAUGUUCAGUCUAAACAUUGUUAGAUCCUGUUAGUUAGUUGGAGGCCACACAUGCACAGCCACACAUAGCUGAAAGGGGCCUACAAGGUCACGUCGACUUAUAUAUACGUAUAAGGCCUACCGGAUGGCCAUGCCACAAAACUGUCAAGGAAUGCAGACCAAAAGAUGUGGAACGUGAGUUGCCAAGUCUCAAGGCGAAAAACAGGGUUAAGCCGCUUUCUUGUUGUUUUCUCAUGCACUGACUGACUGCGAAGCUCGCACGCACACGUGUAUGUAUAUAUAUAUAUAUAUGUAUGCAUGUGCAACUAUGGUACGCACAUAGCAGCGAAUAGUAUUAGGACUUUGCAGUGGUGCUGGGUGUGGCUCAGUGCAUUUGGGUACCUCAACCGCAGCUGGCAGAUGUGGCUCCCAGGGUUUGUACCUGGUUUAGCGCCAGGCUGUGGCAAACGGAUACGGUCGCAUGCAUUUGCCUGAAGACUAGGUUGUUAAUGCUGUCCUUACAAUGGGGCCAUACGCUUUGAGGUGGUGAAGUGCGUCAGAAAGCCGAAAGCAAGAUGCGGUAUGUGCCUGUAUGUUUUUCGCCUAUGUGCAGUGCAGGUUCUAAAGAUGAACCCAGGCAUGGGCAUGCCCGGCAUGGGCAUGCCAAUGAUGGGAGGAGGCAUGGGAAUGAUGUCCGGCGCGAUGCCUGGAAUGCAAGGAGGAGCCCCUGUGCCAGAUGCAGGAGCCAUCCAGGCAGAAAGGAUCAAGCAAGCCAGAUUUGAGGCUGUGGUCACCAAAAAAGCUGCGGCCAAAGACGCGGAAAAGGUGACCACGGUCUUUGUCGGUGGCCUGCGGAAGAGCACCACGGAAGACAAAGUGGCCGGCCACUUUGCCAAGUAUGGCCAGGUCGAGAGCGUUGACAUUAAGAGACUCCCAGACGGAACCUCAAGAGGAUUCGCCUUUGUCAAGUUCAUUGACAAGGAAUCGGUCUCGAAGGUCAUAGAGGCCAAAGCUAGCCAUAUGAUUGACAACAAGUGGGUCGCAGUACGGCCUCAUGGCGGUUCAGCUUUCCAGGCUGCACAACAUGCAGAACGAGCCAAGGAUAUGGUGCAAAGAGAGAAGGAGAAGAAAGAGUCUGAAGGUCCAGCUACUCAGGAUGACUACGAAGAGAAGUGGUCUGAAAAGUACUUGCAGCAAGCUGCCUCGCUGCAAGAUGACAAAGAAGAUGGAGAUGAGAAAGAGUCCAAUCAGAUGAACCCGAUGAUGGCCAUGAUGAUGAACCCUAUGAUGGCCAUGAUGAUGGGUGGCAUGAAUCCCAUGAUGGGAGGCAUGAACCCCAUGAUGAUGGGUGGCGCACGCCCUAUGAUGGCCGGCUGCGGUGGCUGUGGUGGCUGCGGCGGUUGCGGUUGCGGGGGCUGCGGCUGUUGCAGCAGUGGCUGCGGCAGCGGUUGCGGUGGUUGUCCUGCCUCCGGCUGCGGCGGGGCCUCAGGACAGUCUACCUCAGACCCUGCUGCGCCCAGCACAUCACCAGCUGCCGAGAGCGGAUCAUCGGCACCAAGCACAGCAACUGCAGGUGGCACAGGCUGCAUGCCAGGCUGCUGCGGUGGUGGCUGUAUGCCAGGUUGUUGUGGGGGCUGUUGCAGCUGCAUGCCAGGUUGCGGCUGCUGCGGAGGCUGCCCAUGCGGUGGCUGCCCGUGUGGUGGCUGCCCCUGUGGCGGCUGUGGCUGUGGCGGCUGCGGCGGCUGCGGCGGCUGUGGCGGCUGUGGCUGCGGCGGCUGCGGCGGCUGUGGCGGCUGCGGCGGCUGUGGUGGCUGUGGCUGUGGUGGCUGCCCUUGCGGCGGCUGCCCUUGUGGCGGCUGUUGUGGUUGCAUGCAGGGGGGUUGCCCUUGUGGCAUGCCCUCUAUGCCCAACAUGCCCUGCACCGGCCCUGCUGGAGAAGGGGAUAAGUCUCAAGCUGAUGGGUCAGAGAAAGACUCAGAAGACAAAGGUGUUGAAGCCAGCGAGGUAAAGGGCGCUGAAGGCAGCGGGCCGGUGAAAGAAGCUGGCGGUGAGAACCGGUACCAGCCAUACUGAGGCUCUCAUUUGGUCGCUGCAGCGAUGUUGGGCAUUAAGCAUUGCUCGGUGCAGAAGUGAUGCACCAGGUGCGCCCAAACUGAGUGAGUGCAAUGGCAGGAAGAACUCUGGAGACGAAAGCCAGA